AAUUAACUCGACGGAUUCAACCAUUUCUUUCAGCAACACAGCACUUUUCCCGUCCGAGAUCCGGCCACAGAUCGGUGCUCUGCUAGGAACCAUCGGAACCAUGGCCGACGGUAAGAGCGAUACUCCAACGGAGAAGGAGACGCCGAAACCGAAACCGAGACCGAUCGUGCGUCUCGGCAUCUUCCUCAUCUCUCACAGCUUCCUCGUCAUUGUUAUUUGUUGCACUGCUGGUGUUCUGGCUCUGCUUCUCCUUCCUGUUCUCGCUAAUAACACUUACAUCUCCGAAAAUGCCCUCAUGCCAGGUUCUGCAAGUCCCAUGAUUUCUAAUCAGGAGGUUUUGGAUGGAAAUAAAUUGGUUAAGGAGCUAACCAACCUGAAUUCUAAUAUUUGGAUGGGGGAAUGUAAGUGUCCGUUAUGAAGUUUAGGUUGCCUUCAGGUAUCUUUCCUGUUUGAAAGUACUUGAAGGUGACCUUAUCUGAGUUUUUCAAUUGCUGCUUCAGUUUGGCUUGAUUUUCAUACAAACUUUAGAAUUCAAUACAACUUACCUUUUUGUUCCAUGCUUUUAGAUAUGGAAUGUUGAUGGGGUGCUUAAUUUUCAGAUUCUAUUUCGUUAUCAUUUUCCAACUUCAUACUUUUUUUGGAUUGUUCAUGCUUGUCCCUUCAACCACCUUCUGCAUUGCCAUGUCAGAGAAAGUCAGAGAAUCAUAGCAAAGUACAUGUCAGACUUGGGGUGCUGAAGUUAGUUAUCACAAAUUCCAUCCUCAGUCAAAUAGUCUCAUCCACUGCACUUUUUCUCUGAUCCUGAUUCUGGAGCUCAAGAGAACUUUAGUUGCUCAUCAUAUGGCAUCAACACCAUUGGGAUAAUAAGGGCUCCACGUGGCG